AAGGUAUACUCUAGAGAGGAAAGCAAUUUUUGCAUUGAGGAAGUAGAAAUGUGUCCGCCAGUGAAGUGAAAGUGCUUAAAACGAAAAAUAAUUAAAAAAUUGCAUUUUAUAUCAAAAAAACUACUAGAGAUUAUACAAAAUAAUAUGACGGUACAUGUUCAACGAACAACAGAAAUGAGCAUUUAAUUUUUACAACAGAUACUAUCUGCCUUCGAAUUUUGUUGCGAUUAAGAAUAUGUUCAUAUUUAUUAAUUACAUUUUUUAUUAGCAUACAUUUUCUCACGACGAAAAUAUGUACAACCAAAAUUUUCAUAGUACAAUUGUGUUUUCACAAAAGGUAUACACGACAUGUUGAUACAUUAAAUCGAUCGAAUCAAUAUUUUUAUCAAAUUAAAAUAGUCAAUAGCAAAAGUUAAGAAGUCAAUAGAGAAAAGUGAUUGAACUUAGGAAAUAAUUUUAAAUUAAAACAUUAAAAGUCGUUUUUCAAUGCCUUCAGAUAAAAUAGUGUUAUAUCAUUUUAGUGGAUGUAUUGCAUCCCGUUUGUUAAAAACUGUGUUAAAUCAAAUUUUAGUAGGCGCCUUUCGAACCCGUGUUGAUACAUCCAUUGGGAUAUCAAUCUUGAAUGUUAUCAGUAACCGUUUAGUCAAGAUAAAGUAAUAAGAAGUCGACAGAACAACCUGGGCUGCUGCAGAGAUCGCGGUGUAACCGUAAAGUGAACUAAAGAUGUGGUUAACAAAAUUAAUACUUUUUGUGCUCUUCGUAGCCGUCAACAGUUCCUCCAUCCAGUAUAUAAAUGAUGUAAGUGUAACUUCAUUUUCUAACGAAAUUGGACUUUGGGCACUAACGGACCAGGAAACAGUGGCGUUUAAGCAAAUGAUACAAUACUUGAGAAUCCCGACAGAGAUACAAAAUAAUAAUUGGCGAAGUUACAACGCAGGACCAGACAACGCUAUUUGUACAAUAUGUCGAGCAAUAGUGAAAACAUUUAUGGAUUUCCGAAGAAAGGGAAUGUCAGAAGAAAAAAUAAAGGAUAGUGUAAUCAAACUGUGUGUAUCACUGAAUAUACAGAAAGAGCCAGUUUGUAAAGGAGUUAUCGAAUUGAAUAUGCCUACUAUUAUAUACAUAAUAGAUUCGAAACCAAAUUUGACAGCUGAUACAAUUUGUGGUGUUAUCUUCGAGUCUAAAUCAUGUCCUCUAACUAAUCCUGAAUAUGAGUGGAGCAUUGGUAUCAGCAACAGUUCUGUGAAACCAUUCGUCCCGAAGGAGACAAAUGAACAAUUAAAAGUUUUGCAAAUUACGGACUUUCAUUAUGACCCAUAUUACGAGCCAGGCGGUAAUUCACAAUGUGGAGAACCACUUUGUUGUCGGAAAGGACAAAACCAAACAAAUACAGGAACAUCGGUUGCUGGAUAUUGGGGAGACUAUGAUUCCUGCGACACACCCUGGAACGCUAUCGUUGACGCUUUAACUCAUAUAAAAGAUACGCAUCAUGAUAUAAAGUACGUAUACUUUACCGGCGAUGUGAUAGAUCAUGGAGUAUGGGAAACUUCAAGAGAAGGAAAUACAAAAAGUCUUAUAGAAAUUUAUAAUAAAAUUCAUGAAAUGUUUGGAAAAGUUCCAGUAUAUCCAAUACUUGGAAAUCAUGAACCAAAUCCUUUGAACCAAUUUGCACCAAAAAACAUAACAUUAAAUAAUAUAACCACAAAUUGGUUGUAUAAAUUAAUAGCGGAUUUAUGGAUUGGUUACGGUUGGUUACCAGAAUCGACACGUUCUACAAUACUACAAGGAGGAUAUUAUACUGUUUCUCCAACAAAGGGAUUCAGAAUAAUAGCUUUAAAUUCCAAUGUUUGCUACUGCUAUAAUUGGUGGCUGUGGUACACCCCAAGGGAUCCAGACAAUCAAUUACAAUGGCUUUCAGAUACACUUCUUAAUGCAGAAAAAAAUCAAGAAUUUGUACACAUUUUGUCUCAUAUUCCUGCUAAUAGCAACUCAUGUUUAAAAACAUGGGAACGAGAAUAUCUAAAGAUAAUUAAUAGAUUUUCUCAUUUAAUUAAAGCAGAAUUCAAUGGGCAUACCCAUAAUGAUGAAAUGACAAUAAUUUACAAUUCAAGUCCUUUACCACAAAACAUUGCUUGGAAUGGUGGUAGUAUAACUACUUACUCGAAGUUGAAUCCAAAUUACAAAGUUUAUAAUGUAAAUGCUAGUAAUUAUGCAGUGACUGAUUAUCAGAACUGGAUGUAUGAUCUUGAUUCUGCAAAUAAGGAUAUUCAUAAAAGACCAACAUGGUUUAAAUCAUAUUCCUUUAAAACAGAGUAUGGUCUUCCAGAUCUGUCAGCUGAAUCAAUAAACAAUUGGCUACAUGUAGCAAUAAAUAAUGAAACACUUCUCAACAAGUAUUAUGUCAAUUUUGUCAAGCGAGCUAAGCCUUCAUUGCAGAGAGAUUGCAAUCUAGAUUGUAAGAAACAACAUCUGUGUCGGGCAAUUGUGAGCACUGAAAAUAUAAAUCAACUCUGCAGUAAUACUUUAAAUGACUAUGACAUUUCACUAGAAAAAUAAAUUCAAACAAGUUCAAAUAAAUUCAAACAGUCAAAAUAUGAUAUUUGAUCAUAAAACAUGUUUAUUAUAUGAGUUUCAAGUAAUAUUUACAAGUCUAUUUACAAAAAUAUUAAACUCUACCUUACACUUCUCAAAUCAAUCCACUCGAACUUUGAAUUACAAAGAAUUUGUUGUGAUGAUAUUUUAUCUAAUAUGCUAAUCUAAACAUAGGAAAAAUUAAUCAGUCAUAAAAUUA